GUUACUUCCCUUAGCGUGAAUCGGCCUAAAACUGAAAGUAACGAACUGCGUGCUGAGAAGACGGGCCAACACCGGGCCACCACCCGCCGCCGCAGCCGCCGCAGCCGCCGUUCUCUCUUAUUCUCAGGACUUGAGGUGGGCUUCAAUUUUACUUUUGGGAGCUUUGUAACUGGCCCACCGCCACUGACGAUAUUGCAACUGCGUGCUCGCACUAACCGUAUUGAGAGGAUUUACAGAAAAUUAUCAAGAAAUAUCAAGAACAAGAACUGUAAACUUUAUUGAUGAAGAAGAGUUCCGGCCGAAGCCCCCAAAAGAAAGAGACGAUUAAUCUCUAACUUUCCCAGUCCAGACUACAAUAGUCAAAACAGCCUGCCUCCCCUUCCCAGACUAAUUCUAUUUAUAGACUUCCCAUACAGCCUACUCUAGUUAUUAUUUAAUAACCGAAAUAUAACUACAACUAACUCUUCUAUUUAUUAGUCUAAUAGGUAGAUCUCUAUCAAUACUCCCCUCCUAAACAUCCACCUUGCCCUCAAGGUGGGUGAUAGAACACAGCCAAGAUCCUUUGUUUCCUCUUCAUCCUUAUGCCUCUCCCUUCCCAAUACUUGAAUGCUUGCUGGGCGUUUAGCUUCGUUUCUUCCAUCUUCUUCCAUAUGUACUUCACGGCAGUAAUACACAGAUGCAAGGAUAUGGUGACAUAAUGAUCCUUAAGUUUGUAAAGGAUAUAAUAUCCCAAAGAUGCCUGGCAGCUUACAAACCCCACAACCAGUUCAGAAACUUCAGAUCCUGAUGUCAUGUACUGCCGGAUGUCUACAGGGGCACCAGCACCACUUGGAGAAAGGAAAACUUGAGUGUUGGUUCCCUUUUUUAGGUGUAAUCUUGUUUCCUCUCUUUGCUUCCCUGACUGAGUUUGCAUCCAACUUUAUUAGCCCGAGUGAUGAGAAGGAAGCUAUAACCAUUCUUCCCAUCAAAUAGGGUUCCCAUUCUAUAUUUCCAACAGUUUCUCCUAGCUUGAUUUGCAUUGAAAAAAUACUAGUAAAACAGUUCACUUGGGCCUAAUGGACUGUUAGGAAUUGGGCCUAAUAAACAUAUAGUAAUAAUAAGUGUAUUAGCUAGUAUAAAUAGACUAUACUGGGGAGAAGUCGGGAGGCUGUUUAGACAUUUGACUCUGGGACUUGGGAGAUCGAGACUUAUUCUCGUUCUUUGGGAGCUUCGGCUUUUGGGGGCUUCGGCCAUUUCUUGUUCAUCAUCAAUAAAAUUUGUAGUUGCUUUCUUGUUGAAUUUCUGUGAAUAGUGGUAGAAUUGCAGAGUCCUAUCAUGGAGCCUAAGACCAUUUGGUAAGGUUUUGGCAUUACCCUAUGCUGCCACAUACUAAGCUUACCUCUCAAUGUAGCAAUUCUACUCAUCAAGUAGGUUCUUAUCCACUCACACAUGGUUACAAUUGGUUUGUCUCUAGCAACCAAGAUAGUAUAGAAGGACCGGCGAACGGGAGCAAUUUUGUUACGGGGUUUGAAUAGAGGAGACGUCUACAGUUUGCCAGAUGUGCCCCCUCCACCAUCUCCAUAUGUUCACGUCACACAAAAAAUUUCCCUUAAUAAUUGGCAUUGUCGCUUAGGACAUCCCGCCCUCCCUAUCACAAAAAAAAUUCUCUCGUCCUUAGAAUGCAGCUGAUUCUUUUGUAUAUGUAUUUUGCAAAAAUAUAUUCUUGGCAACAUAAAAAAUAGGGUUUGAUUUCUGUCUUUGAAGAACUAUAUGAUAGUUUGGAGCAUAGGCUAUGUUUAAGGCACCUUUAUGCUAAUUUUAAGAAAAAGUUUGGAGGAGGAACUACUAUGAGAGAUCUGAUUAUGUCGGCAGCCAAAUCAACAUAUUUUAAAGGAUGGGAAGAACAAAUGGAAGAGAUGAAAAGGUUAGAUAUCAAAGCAUGGGAAUGGUUGAUGAAUGUCCCAACAAAAUUAUGGUGUAUUCUGUCACUUCCAAGAAUCCUGAGCUUGUCUCGAAGAAGGAUAAAGUGUUGCCGGGGAAGUGGUUUGGUGAGGGCGUCAGCUAUCUGAGCAGAAGAUGGGAUAUGAUGCACUCCAAGAAGGCCACGUUGAACCCGCUGCCGAACAAAAUGAAAAUCAAUAGCUACAUGUUUCAUGCGGGAGUGGAAGAUAAGGUUGACUGAAGAUGUAGUAGCACCUUUGUUGUCACACAGGAGGAGUGGAGGAGAAAGAAGCGGGUGCCGCAACUCUUGUAACAGAGAUUCGAUCCAAAUAAUUUCAGAGGCAACGGUGGAAAGAGCUCGAUAUUCUGCUUCCGUGGAGGACUUAGCAAUAGUGCGCUACUUCACUGAUCUCCAAGAUAUAAGAGACUCUCCGAGAAAGAUGGCAUAGGCACUGGUAGAUGAACGGUCAUCAGGAUUCCCUGCCCAAUCAGCAUCAGCAAAGGCACGAAGAAUAGGGGAGGUGCUGCGACAAAGAUAGAAGCCAUGAGAGGCAGUGCCUUGCAAAUAGCGCAAAAGACGUUUGAGAAGUUGCCAGUGAUUAACCAUAGGUUUAUGCAUAAAUUGAGCUAAUUUGUUAAUAGCAAAGGCAGCAUCUGGGCGAGUGAGAUUCAAAUAUUGAAGAGACUUGAGGACUUGUCGAUAGAGAGUGGCAUCACAGGAGCCUGAACUGUCAAACAGAGUUAAGGAGGCUUAAGAAGCUAACGGUGUGGCCACAAGAUUAGCCUCAUCCAUUUUUAAAAUUUUUAAUAAGUCCAUAAUGUAUUUAUGUUGAUCAAGAAAGAGUCCACCCUGUGUAGGAGUAACCUGCAUGCCCAAGAAGUAGUGUAAGGCUUUUAAAUCCGCAUGUCCUUUUCAAUGUUCUAAGGUAACUCGCAUGUCCCCCACAAGCUGAGUCAUGAAAUUCUUUCAAAACAUGAGUAAUUCUUGCAGAAUUUCUUGGUAACAUGAGAGGUGAGUAGAGAGGGAGAGCGAUCAAGCAUCAUCAUGUCUGGCGUGCCAUACGCAUAUUAUGAGUGCGCGGUAGAAUUGGAGACAGAUGUAGUGGACGAUCCUCGAUCUAUAGUCAGGAUUUGUGUGGCCGGGGAUUCUUGCUAUGUUAAGACAUGGUGGUGCCCUGUCAAAGGCGGCCACGAAGAACUUCUUGCUAUGUACAGGAUCGAGGAAUACACUGACAUGAGGGAUGCAAGUGUGGCGAAUAUUGGCUUGGAGAAGAUGCUUGGCGGAGGAUCAGAAGAAGAACUCGCCGCUUUAAUCACUGAUAAAGUUCUGUCUCCGGUCCUAGAGCCAGCCGUGUGCCGAGAUCAACUCAAAUCCCUCGUAGUGUAUACCAUCAUUCCUCGUGCUCGUAAAUUGCUCAGUGGUGAACUGCUUCUCAUCAACCACACUAAUAAAUGCUCAAGGUUAUUCUUGAUUUCCAUAUCCGUGGCUGUAAACUUGCACACAAUUGUAUUUGGAAGCAAUAUGAUCAAGAUAUUGAAACAAGCCGAGCAGCUGCAGGAUAAAUACAAUCCGUUUUCUCAAAUGCCUCUGCCCAUUACAGUGCCCCAUGGCCAUAUAAGUACCUAGCUUAUGGCGAAGAAGGAGAUGCAGACAGAUGCUCAAUUUGUUUGGAGCAAUUCGAGGUGCCCUCCAAGUUGUUGUUGAUUCGCCUCCAAUGCCUGGACGAGCUUUACAACCCGGAGCAUUACCAGGAGAGGCCAGGGGCUGCAUUGCUGUUGCCAUGUUUCGCAUCCCUCCCUUCACUCUCAUGCUUUCUCUUCUGCACAUGUUUCCUCUUAAAGUGGCUCCAGGUAUGGAGAUGGAGUUGGAUGUUGAUUAGGGGCAACUUCAUGUAUUCAUGGAUAAUACAACGUUCGCAAUUGCGCAAUGCAAUUGCGCCUUGAGGCGCGCAUCUGCUAUUUCCCAGUCUGAGGCGUAAUAUUGCAUUGCAUAUUGCGAUGCCAUCUAUAGGGUACGUUAUUAAGCCUAAGGCGUACGCAAUUUAACUUGCACCAUGAGGCGUAUAUAAGGCGUAGGAUAGUUGUUUAGUGGGUCAAUGUUAAGUUUGGUCCGCUGGGCCCACUUAUUACUUAUAUACGGCCUUAGCAAGUUGGCAGUUCCAUUGUAUACGCCGUUUCUUCCCAUUCGGAAUGCUACGCAAUUAGCAGUUCCUUCCACAGCCAUCAACAGUUCGGCGCAAAUUGCAGAGCCUUCUUCCAGUUUGGUCGCAAUCAGCAGAGCCUUCUUCCAGUUUGGUCGCAAUCAGCAGAGUUUGGUAGCAAUCUGCGAUAUGGCAAUCCCACCAAUGUGCAAUUCCUUCCUUGCUUGUCAAUACACCAGUAUACAUCCGGCAGUACAUGGCAUCAGGAUCCAGAGUGGUGGUGGGGUUUAUAAGCUGCGAGACAUCUUUGGAAAGGAUUAUACUUUACGCUAUAGCCUUAGUAGCUGAUGAUCAGGAAAGUGUGGAGGGUUAUAAAGUUAUCAAGACCAGGGAUAGGAUAGAUCGUUUAGCUCUUUAUCACUCUUCAGUGGGCAGGUUCUCCAAUGCACCUGGUGCUAUGAUUUAUCCAAUAUAUGGCCAAGGGGAACUUUCACAAUCCUUUUGCCGGCGUGCUGCUGUGAAAGGGUGUCUAAAUGGAAGUGGAAAUUACAAAGGUGUCAAAUUGGCUUCUGGUCAAGAACUAUCAAGUCAUAAUUUGAUAUUGGCUUCACCAUUUGUAAUUCCCUUUGAUACUGUCGAGUCUCGUAAUCAAUCUCAGCAAGAUGAUUCUCUUGGCCUCGAUAAAAAAGAUGUAGUGAAAGAGAAGCUGGUUAAGGGAAUAUGCAUUGCAAAGUCCUCACUGAAACCAGAUGUGGCAAACUGCUUAAUAUUCUUUGCUCCUCGAUCUUUGAUCCCUGAACAGGUGUCAUCAAUUCAUGUCUUCGAGUUAAGCAGCAAUGUAGCGGUUUGCCCAAGUGGAAUGUUUGUGACUUACCUUUCAGUUAUAUGUGAAGAUGCUGUGCAAGGGAAGAAACUGCUUGACGCAGCCAUUAAUGCAUUGUUCUAUGUUCCUGUUUCUGGCACUUCUCAAAAUGAUCAUACAGACCAUCCAAAUUCAAAUGCCAAACCGGCAAUACUUUGAAGCACCUUGUAUGUACAGGAGCUGACAAAGGAGGAUUCAUUUGAUUCUGUCGCUUCAGUCUCAAUGCCGGACGGGAAUCUGCAUUACAAUGAGGUUUUGGCUGCCUCUGUUAAGAUAUUUGAGAAAAUGUACCCUGGUGAAGAUUUCGUCCCAAGAGGAGGAGCAGGUGUGAAUGACUACUGCACCACAUAUGAUUGAGGGAUGUUUGAGGGAUGCAGUUGUAAUAUGAUUGAGGAGUUUUUUAGAGUUCUUUACUAUCAUGCCAGGUGAAAGUGAAGAUUUCUCCCAAAUAUGUUUAUACUUGGACUCGUCAUGCUGCCUGUUGUAAACAUAUUAUUACUUUCUCCCAGAGAAUAGGGCAGUUUAAUUUCAUCUGGAAUACGAAUUGAUAAUUACACCAUUUAAUUUGACAUAAAUUAAGUUAUAUGAGCCGGAGCAUAGAUUAUCUCAUUUCUACCUACAUAGCAAAUGACAUUACGAGAGCAAGUUAAUAAAGUUGGC